CAUGAUUUCUACCAACAUGUAUCAUGUAUUAUUCUGUAGCCUACGAAAUAUUGUUCAUUUUGGAAUUGGUGUUCUCUAUGAGAAAAGUAAAGAAACAUUGCGAGAUUAAACACAAACGAAAGACUUUUUUCUUCAAUCUUUUAGGACUCAGUAGAGAAAUGUGAUCAUGUUUGUCUAAAUGUCAAUGGCAAAAUAAUAUCAGAAACAUAAUGAAUAUAUCCCGAAUAGCUACAUUCUAAAAGAUUAAAACCAUGGAACAAAGAAAAGAUUAGAGGAGGAAGUGCCCGUCCGGACCCCUUUCUCUGAAACACGCAUGAAAAGAAUGGCGGUUUAUGAGGUGUGUAAAUAACUUUUGUCUUGUACCGCGAAUAGUUUAUCCAAAAUCUCCAAGAUUUACAUGGUGGACACAGUAGUUUAUGGUUAUAUUUUAUUAGCUGACAUAUUCAGCAUGCGCCGAGAUUAAGCUAAAUUCGCGCGUGAUACCAGAACAAUCACGGUGGACAACAUCACCCAUAAGUGAACUAUGCCGAUUGGGAUGUUGAUUCCUCGUACAAAAUCCAAGAGGAUUGUUUAUGGCCUGUUGAAACACUGCAACACUGUAUUUGUUGAGUCGUGUUUCUCAACGUCUUGCGUAUGGACAUCUCGAAAAAAACAAAGUCAAUAUGGAAUGGUUGAUACAGAGCGCUACUCUUCCCUUGUUAAGGCAGUUGUCUCAUCAAGGGUCAGCUCCCAAACUCCAGAGUCGCUUGAGGACGAGGACAACAAACUGUAUGGUCCAGUCGUCAAAUCAUCUUUUCAUAAACACAUGCCUCUUGUGCCGAAAAACGUUUACCCUCUUUUAAAAGCAGAAAAAACGAUGCUUUCUGUAGAAUAUGACCAUGGGAAUCCUGCUCGGUGGUCGCUUCCAAAAGGGCCAGAAAGAUCUGGUAUGCCCAGUGUCACUCGCAUUCUCCAACAGACCAUGUCUCCGGAGCAGUUGUUUUACCUGGAGAGAUGGAAAAGGAGAAUGAUUGCAGAGCUGGGAGAGGAAGGCUUCAAGGCAUACACCUCAAACCUUUUCAAACAAGGGAAGUUAUUUCAUUCUGCACUUGAGAAUGCACUUGCUCCUUCUGAAAGCGAAGAAACUGAAUGCACUGAAGACACAACGGGAUACUUAGAAAGUAUCCAACACGUCCUUGAGGAUAUCAAUGAAGUUAGAGCCAUUGAGAGUGCAGUACAACACCAGCAUUUGAAUUAUGUUGGAAUAGUUGAUUGUGUAGCUCGCUACAGAGGGACACUUUGUGCAAUUGACUGGAAGACUUCAGAGAAAUCUAAGCCCUUUCUCCACAACACGUAUGACAAUCCUAUCCAGGUUGCUGCAUAUGUUGGAGCCUUGAACAGUGACGACAACUAUAGUUACCAGAUAAAGAAUGGUCUGAUUGUGGUGGCCUACAAGGACGGCUCACCAGCUCACCCCCACUUUCUUGACUUUGAAAAAGUUACAAAGUACUGGGAAAAAUGGCUGCUUCGACUUGAACUUUAUAAGAAGUAAAUAACAUAUACCUCAAAUGCACCUGCAUUCAUAUCAAGUAUCUGUACUAUGUAUGACUGACAUGCACAUUAUGAAACCUUGUUUCUAUGGUUUUAGUUAUUUUUCUAAAUAAAUGUUUUAAUAUCUAAAAGAAGUCAGUGUUUCAAGAUGAUUCCUUCAAGUACUGUCAAAUGGAUAAGGAAUCCAACUUGUGAUACAAUAAUAAUAAUAAAAAUACAAUCAAGAAA